AUGACAACUUCCUCAAGAGGCUUCAGAGCAAAACAAGAAGGCCCCCACCCAGGCUCACGAACCCCGUUCGACUGUUGUGCUCUCUCCUUCCAACCAUUCGAAUUCCCCGUAUGCGCACGCAAUGCAGACGGAACAGGCACCGUAUUCGAGCUAACAAAUAUCAUCCCAUGGCUCAAAGAACACAAUAACACCCACCCACAUACAAACGAACCGCUCAAACCAUCCGACCUGAUUAAACUCCACUAUGGCAAAAACUCGUCUGGCGCACUCAUUGAUCCUAUUACUAUGAAGCCCUUAUCGGAGCACUCGCAUAUCGUCGCCAUUUCCACCACCGGAAACGUAUUUCUUGCAGAUUCCGUAUCCAAGUUUGCUGGUGGGCGAGAUUUGGUCGCUGAUGUGGCGUUCAAAAAAGAAGACGUCAUUACGCUCCAGGAUCCCCACCGGAUUACAACCCUCAGUAUUGCUGCCCCGGUCAUAAAUACCCCCACAACCACCGAGGAUGCGAAAGACAAGGGAACUGCCAAGCCUGAUGCAGCUAAAUCCUCCAAGUCAGAGGUAUCAACAAAACCAGCAAAAGAUCUAAAGGAGAAACCUCAGGUUCCGGCGGUCCUUAACCUAAAAGCCAAGGAACGGGCUUACAAUGUGUCUCCCUUUGCUUCUGGAUACACCGGAGCUUCGCUCACGAGUACAUCACUGGACCCAAUGACCAGGAGCGACGCUGCCAUGUUUGAUGAGGAAGAACUCAUGUUCGAUGACAUUUCCAAAGAACGUUCUCAAAAAGCCCAAAAAAAGAACCUCGCGUCUCGACGAGCGUAUGUGCGAAUGGUCACGAACCUAGGAGGAUCCUUGAAUUUGGAGCUAUUCUGCGAAAAGGCGUGUAUGCUUGUUUCUUUAUACGGACAUCGACUGAUGGAUGGGAUACAGGCCCCCAAAACGUGUUACAACUUUAUCAUGCUCGCUAAAUCAGGCAAAUACGACAACUGUCCGUUUCACCGGCUCAUUCCUGGAUUCAUGAUCCAAGGCGGUGAUCCAACGGGCACAGGAACAGGCGGUCAAUCCUAUUGGGGCACGCCCUUUCGAGACGAAUUCGACAUGCCCAAGGCUGAAAAGCACGACUCGAGGGGGGUCUUGAGUAUGGCUAACAAGGGGCUCAACUCCAACGGGUCUCAGUUUUUCAUCACCUUCAAACCCACGCCGCAUCUGGAUGGGAAGCAUACUGUGUUUGGGAAACUUGUAGGAGGGGAAGACGUCUUGGAUGCCAUGGAGUCCGUCCCACGUGCUCCCGGGACGGAAAAGCCAGCAUCAGAUAUCCGAAUUACAGAAGUCAUCAUAUACCAAGACCCAUUCGAAGAGUACAAAGCCCGCCUCGCCCGCAAACUCGAGCAUCAAUCCCAGUCUGGAGACGCCAACAAAAAACGACGGGCCGAAACGUUGGAGGAAAGUAUGACUUGGUUCGGCCAAAAGGUCGGCGAGGAGCAAAAGGGGGGUGUAGGACAGGGAGGGGUCGGAAAAUAUUUGAAGCUUGAGGCACCAGUUAGUGUGGCGAAAGGCGGUGGCGACGAGGGCAAGAAGAAGAGGAAGACUGGGUUUGGGAAUUUCGACAAUUGGUAG